UCCUCCCCCUCCCCGACCCCCCUUCUUCUCCGGCUUUCAACAUCUCCUCAGUCUACCUGGAAACUUCCACAAUGAGCGCCACGACAACUGUCACCGAGACGCCAAGAAUCACGGCGGAGAAUGUCGCGACUCUCUUCCCCGAGGUCGACACCUCGCUCGCUCGUGAGGUUCUCCCGACUGCGACAAGUGCUGCCGCCGCCGGGUCCAGCGACGACCUGGCCGGCUACGAUGAGGAACAGGUCCGUUUGAUGGAUGAGGUGUGCAUUGUUCUGGAUGAGGACGACAAGCCUAUCGGUAGUGCCAGCAAGAAGGCCUGCCACCUGAUGACGAACAUCGACCGCGGCCUCCUGCACCGCGCCUUCUCGGUCUUCCUCUUCGACUCCAACAAGCGCCUGCUCCUGCAACAGCGCGCCACCGAGAAGAUCACAUUCCCGGACAUGUGGACGAACACCUGCUGCUCGCACCCGUUGGGCAUCCCCGGCGAGACGGGCUCGGAGCUGGACGCCGCGAUUCUUGGCGUGAAGCGCGCGGCGCAGCGCAAGUUGGAUCAGGAGCUGGGCAUCAAGGCGGAGCAGGUGCCGUUGGACAAGUUCGAGUUCUUCACCCGCAUCCACUACAAGGCGCCCAGCGAUGGCAAGUGGGGGGAGCAUGAGAUUGACUACAUCCUCUUCAUCCAAGCCGACGUCGACCUGAACAUCAACCCCAACGAGAUCCGCGACACCUGCUAUGUCUCGGCCGAGGAGCUGAAGCAGAUGUUCGAGAAGCCCGGCCUCAAGUUCACGCCCUGGUUCAAGCUCAUCUGCAACUCGAUGCUGUUCGAGUGGUGGAGCCACCUCGGCUCGCCGUCGUUGGAGGCCUACAAGAAUGAGAAGGGGAUUCGUCGGAUGUAGGGCGUUUCUCCGUUGUCCAGCGUGACGGUCUAGUCUGCAUUUCAUCCCAUACAUAUCUUAAUAUCCCUGUUUCGUUGCUGCUGUGCUCAUCAUGGGCGAAACUCUUUGCUUUUUUUGCAGUGUUCCCAUUUAUUCCCCUUCUUUCAUAAUCAUAUGGCUAGCGUUUCGAUGCUCGAAUUCGAUCCUUAAGUUCCAACAAAC